UAAAGUACUAAAAUCAGGCGACGAGGCUGUGAGGGGGAACCUGAAAGGGAAGAUCUCGUGUUGGGUUUCAUUUCUCAUGAACAAGAAGUCGAGGAGGGGAGAGCCUACUGAUAUCGAUAUAGGGCAUCUGACCAUCCCUUGCUAUGGAUCUGAAUCAGCCUGCAGGUGAAAAUUAUGCCAACCCAAAGACAUGUUUCUUUCAUGUGCUAUUCAAGGCCGCUGCAUUGGCGUUUUACAUUCUUUCAGCCCUAUUCCUUGAUAGCUUCGUCAUCAUUUUCGUGAUAACUGUUUUUCUUGCUGCUCUCGACUUUUGGGUGGUGAAGAAUGUCAGUGGGCGGAUAUUAGUUGGUCUGAGGUGGUGGAAUGAAAUAAAUGAUUUAGGGGAGAGCGUGUGGAAAUUCGAAUGCCUUGAUCAAGAGUCAUUGUCCCGGAUGAACAAGAAAGAUUCAUGGCUUUUCUGGUGGACACUUUAUCUCGCAGCAGUAGCAUGGAUCUUCCUUGGUAUAUUUUCACUUAUAAGAUUUCAAGCAGAUUACCUCUUAGUUGUAGGUGUUUGUUUGACCCUCGGCAUUGCAAAUAUCGUUGGAUUCACGAAAUGUCGCAAAGAUGCCAAGAAGCAGAUUCAAGCAUUUGCCUCCCAGACACUUGCAUCCCAUGUCUCAUCAACAAUCCAGUCAGCAUUUAGUGUUGUCUGAGCUGUUGAAAAAGAAAAAGAAAAGAUGGAAAUAAGAUGGAUUUGACUGCGCAAUUGAUAUGUUUAGGCAUUGAGGUUGUGCCUGAUCUGGUUCUCAACCCUUUUUUGGUGCUUCCCCAACUUUUGUUGCCUACCUAUGUACUCUGUAUAGGUGUUCCUUUUGUUGCUUGAAUUUUAUGAUAUUUUUUGCUACAAUUUUAUCAAUUCUCACCAAUCACUACUUUGAGAUUUUAUUUUAUUCUGUAUAUUAAGAAUGUUAGAAUGAUAUAUACUUUGUUAGGGAAGAAAAGAAUAACUUUUGUAUAAAAGGUUCUCAUUGGUUAAGUUA